AUCUUUGGGGCAAAAUCACACCAACAGAAGAGGCUUCAUCGUCACUUUUUUAAUAACAUACUGACAUUGCUAGCGCUAGUCGGACGACAUACCUCUGUUCUGUUGUUUUUCGAAGAACGAAAUACCGAAAAUGUCAUCAAAUCUUCAACUGUUACUAGAAAUGGGAUUUUCUGAACAGUUAGCUGAAAAGGCUAUUAAAGAAACUGGAGACCAAAAUAUUGAAGCUGCAAUGGAUUGGUUGAUUGUGAACAGUGAGAAAUUCAAUCAACAAACUGACAACAAUCAAGAAAUGAAAGAGGAAGAACCAAAUGCUGCUGCUCAACCUGAAGCAUCAAAUGCUGAAAUGGCUGCUGUUACUGCCAAAUCUAUUAAAUGUGAUGAAUGUAAUAGACUAUUUCGCACAAAUGAAGAGGUAGAAUUUCAUGCUGCGAAAACCGGUCACAGCCAGUUUUCAGAAUCUACUGAUGAAAAGAAGCCUCUCACUGAAGAAGAAAAGAAGGAACAACUGAGGAAAGUGGAGGAGUUGAUGAAGUUGAAGCGCAAAGAACGUGAAGAGAAAGAAAAGGCCGAACAACUGGAGCAAGAAAAAAGAAGAAUACAGUCAGGCAAGGAGCUUCUCAAUAUAAAAAAGAAAUUCGAAGAGGAUGAAAUAAGAAAGAUUGCCGAAGAACGGAGGCGCGAAAAAGAAGAAGAGAAAAAAGCCAGACAGCGAGUGAAAGAACAAAUUGAACAAGAUAAAUUGGCACGAAAACAGAAAGCCGGUGACGCAACCAAUACGCCAUAUGUAGCUCCUCCAGUUCAGGCUCCGGCUCCGGCACCGACAACACCCAAUCAGCCCAAGGACUAUAAGGAGACGAAAAUCCAAAUAAGACUUCCAAAUGGAUCGACAAUGACGCAAACAUUUGGUGCUAAGGAGCAGCUAGCUUCAGUUCGUCUCUUCAUUCAAAUGAAUAGGACCGAUGUAAAUGCCGGAGUGCCGGAACCAUUUCGGAUUCAAACAAAUUUUCCUAGAAAAGUAUUUACCGAAGAAGAGUUCGAGAAGCCACUCGAUGUGCUAGGAUUAGUUCCAAGUGCUGUUUUGAUGGUAUCAAAAGCAUGAGAAUUAUAAAAGACUGAAAAACGAAUUUUUUUAUCUCAUCUUGAGAUUUAAUUUGUAUUUGUAUCUGAUAACAAAGUCGAGCGAGUGAAAGAGUGUGUUGGGGGAGAAAGAGGCGGGUUUCAGAAAUAAUUACACAUAAGAUUGUAAGAGUCA